AUUAAUUUUAUUCGUUGCAUAUAAAAUGGCACUGGAAUCUUUACAAAAACCAAAGAGGUAUCAUGGGCGAAGGUAUCAAUUUGAGCCUCAGGGAGUGUCGGCGCUCUACCCCUUCGUGGCAGAAAGAGUUCGCAAAAUAGUUCAUGAAACAAGAACGUCUAUCAAACGUGAUAAUAUAAAACAGAGAAUACAAAGAAGGCAACUGUUCUGCAGAUUGACGCAAUUAACAGCCAACUAUGUUAAACCCGAGUCUAUGAAUGAAUUAGAGAUAAGAGCGUCGGCUAUUAACCAACAGCUUGCUAUAUUACAUGAAACAAGAAGCCUAUUGCUAUCAUUUUUGCAGUUAACCCGUGGUAAACCGGUACAGAAGUCACCAUAUAACGGUAUACAAUUUUCGACAGACCCUUCCAGUACACUCGAAGAUGAAGAGGCAUAUAUCGCAAGAAGGAAUAUUAUACGUGAAAAGCGUAAAGAACAAUUCUUAAAUAGAAUAUGGAAACAAUCAACUGAAGAACUACAAAGAAGGGAGCAAGAACUGAGUAAAAAACUCAUAGCGAUUCAGAAGAGGAACGCUGAAGAAAUGGCUGAGGAAGAGAUAGAAAUGUUACCAUGUGAUCGUAAACUGCUAAUAUCUGGUGUAUACAGAUGUAACGCUAAGUCUCAAGCUAAAUCGCAACAACACAUGAUGGAUUGACCAUCCAAAAUUGAGCUGACUAACUGUAAUCGCGGAUGCGCAAUAAUUGUGUAUUAAUGAAUCAAUAUUGUAAUCAAUA